CUCUUCCGAUUGCAGGCGGAAUCAAACGCUAGCUCCACCCACGUUGAGCCACUCCUCGAUCUGCGUGCUGCAUCCAGGGCUGGGUCCGAAGCGUACCCGCCGGUGGAAAAGGGGCAUUAUAAUUCAUAUUCCAUAUACUAUUAAUGUUUGAUAUGAUAUCCUAAUAUGUUUAUAGCACUGAAGCAGUGUUUCAUUGGUAUAUGUCCCUGUAUAUGAAUUAGGAUAUAUCGGUAUUCAGUAUUUCAUACAAAACAUUUUAAAUCGCGUCGCUUUAUGCUUUCCGUAGUUGUUUCCGCACACCCAUGUGCUGUUUACAUCCGCUGAAAGCGAUGGCUUAAAUUCCCUGACAGCCUUUCCCUCCGCAGUAUCUUUUUCGUAGACAUCGUUGUCUAUCAACAACAAUAGGAGAAAUGGCAGACCAUCCACCGUCAGUGGCCAGGGAGGCCGUCCUCAAACCGAGCGCUGAACUCAUCAACAUGCCCAAGAUACGGGGCUAUGACUUCAACAAGGGCUUGGAUCACAGGGCGCUACUUCAAUCCUACUUAACAACUGGGUUCCAGGCCAGCAAUAUGGGCCUUGCUGUCAACGAGAUAAAUAGAAUGAUAGAGAAGCGACUGGAGGUGGAGGAGGUGCAGGAGGUGGGGGAAGGCAGUCAGUCCACUAAUUCCAACCCGUCCGGAUGCACUAUUUUCCUGGGCUACACCUCCAACCUAAUCAGCUCCGGAGUCCGUGAGACCAUCCGCUACCUGGCAGAGCACAGCAUGGUGGAUGUGAUUGUGACAACAGCAGGAGGCAUAGAAGAAGACCUGAUCAAGUGUCUGGGGGACACCUACCUCGGAGACUUUGCCCUGCCUGGCAAGGAGCUCCGCGAGCAGGGGAUCAACAGAAUAGGGAACCUGCUGGUGCCGAACUCCAACUACUGUAAGUUUGAGGACUGGCUGAUGCCCAUCCUGGACCAGAUGGUGCUGGAGCAGGAAACAGAGGGCACACAUUGGACCCCGUCCAAAACAAUCCACCGCUUGGGAAAGGAGAUCAACAACCCAGAGUCUGUCUACUACUGGGCCUACAAGAACAACAUCCCUGUGUUCAGCCCUGCUCUCACGGACGGCUCCCUGGGCGACAUGAUGUACUUUCACUCCUACAAGAAGCCUGGCCUGGUGAUGGACAUCGUGGAAGACAUCCGUAAAAUCAACAGCCUUGCCGUGUACGCCAAGCGCACCGGGAUGAUCAUCUUGGGUGGCGGGCUCGUCAAACAUCACAUCGCCAACGCCAAUCUCAUGAGAAACGGAGCAGAUUUCUCUGUAUACGUCAACACGGGCCAAGAGUUUGACGGCUCCGAUGCCGGGGCCCGUCCCGACGAGGCGGUGUCCUGGGGGAAGAUCAGGGUGGACGCCAAGCCUGUGAAGGUAUACGCAGAUGCCACCAUAGUGUUCCCCCUACUGGUUGCAGAGACCUUUGCUCUCCACGCGGACAAGAUGACAGUCGGCAAGAAAACCGACGAAUGAGAUGCCUUCGGAACAUCUUUCCAGAAAAUCGAUAGUUUGUUAGUUUUAAAAAUGUUGUUUUUGUUUCCCCUUUAGUUAAAGUUCAUGUUCUUUAUUAUUUGUCAAAUACUUGGUAUAAUGGAGCAUGCCAAGGAUGCUUGUACAGUAGUAUAUAAUAACCGGGGAAAUUACAAUUGGAAAAUUACUAUUUUAUUUGUUUAAAAGAAGGCAUUAUGGUUUCCUAUACAUGCGCACGCACACAGACGAACACGGAUAAGCACACGCAUAAGUAACUUCAAACUUUAUAACCUAUGCUAAAAGGAAAUGCCUUGUUGAGGGAGGUUGACGGGUUGUGUGUUUUUAUAUAUUAUUUUUUUUAGUCUGUACUUGGGUUACUCAUUUCUACAAGUAUUUAUUUUAUUUUUGUAGGUUGAUUUUGUGUCUGUAAGCGUACCAAAGACUUAUUCAUUUCAAGUCACUAAUCCAAAUUAUUAUUUUAUAAGUCAAAAAAUAUAAUUUUGACUUAAUGUACAUUAAUGUAUAAUAUGAUUGCUGUAUACAUAUGAUGCCCUUAUGUAUACAUCACUCAUUUUUGGGGGUCAAAUUACCAUCUCUGUAACUAAAUAAACGUUCUUUAAAUGAAACUCA